CUAUUAAAAUAAGUUUCUACAAUUUUUAACCUAUUUUACUUUAUAUAACUUUUUACGUUUUAUCAUAUUUAUGAAAAAAAAAUAUUUCUUAUUAAAUAAUAAAUAAUAUUCAAUUAAAUAAUUAUAAUAAACUUAAAAAAAAAUGUUGAGAAAAUAUCCGCAUGGAAACAUUUUUCAGGGGGAAAAUGCCCUACUACUCUGAAAACAGUCAGGGGGAAAAUUAUCCGGUUACCAUACAAUAUACAUGGUAUUUCUUUUUUGUUCUAUAUUUUUAACAGUUUGAAGCAGAAUUCUUGUUUGAUAAUUUUUACAUAUUCGUGUAUACAUAUAUUAAUUAAUAAUUUUUUUAUUAAGAACAAAAUAUUCUUAACAGUUUUGGUAUAAUAUCUAAUUGAAUAAAAUUUCAUUUUAAAAACAAAAAUUUACCAACAUAACGAGUACUACAAAUCAUUGUCUAUCUAAAACUGCAUGAAGAAAUCAGUUUUUGAUUAAUUCAUGUUAUACUUAUUUUUUUAAAACUGGUAAGUAUAAUUGCUAUCUACGAUGAAUAGCCCUAAAGUAAAUAUGAGUAUUCAAGCUGCAAAAAAAGUGAAUGGUUUAGCAGAUCCAACUAAACCAUUUUCUUCAUUUAUGAAAUAUAAUAAAAAUGAUCUCGAAGUAACAUUUCAUUUCAUAAAAGCACCUGCCAUGACUACCUUUCUCAAAGAUAAGGUAUUUUCUAUGAUUAAAGACAAUAUGAUGGAAACAUAUAAGAAGUGCCCUUGGGGAUGGAAUGGAAAAAACAAACGUGCAGAGUUAUUCCACAAAGAUGCUAGGUACAUUUUGGUUCGGCAUUCAAGUGAUAACUCUCUAGCAGCAUUUGUGCAUUUUCGAUUUGAUGUUGAAAAUUUGAUUGAAGUUUUAUAUCUAUAUGAAAUUCAAAUUGAAAAAAAUGUGCGUGGUAAAGGUCUUGGAAGAUACUUGAUGAGUCUCUUGGAAACCAUGGCAUUUCAUUAUAAGAUGAAACGCAUUGUAUUAACAGUUCUUAAAAGUGAAGUGGAUGUAGUCAAAUUUUAUUUUUCGCUUCAAUAUGAAAUUGAAUCAUAUUCUCCUGAAGACGCAUUUUAUUAUAUACUAAGUAAAAAAAAAAAAACUUUAGAACUUACAAAGAACUAAUAAGUUUGUACAGGUUUUUAUUCUAAAUUUAUAAGUAAUUAAAAAAACUUUUGCUUUAUCA